GGAGAUGAGUCGCCCCCAGGCCCCCACAGCGCCCAGGCCCUGGCGGGCUCCACGGCUGUACCCGGGCUCAUUCCGGACCUGGUCGCCCGGAUCCCCUGGCUCCGCUGGGCGCUCAUAGCCACUGCGGUCGUGGCUGGCGUCCUCGUUUCCUGCCUGCUCUGUGCCAUCUGCUGCCGCUGCCGCGGCCGCCACAGGAAGGAGCCCAGAGACGAGGAGGCCGUGGGCCUGGGCAGUGCCCGCAGCACCAUCAACACCCACCUGGUGCAGCCAGAUGUGGAUCACGUGGAGCCUGGCCCUGGGGGGCCCCAGCAGUGGGGGUGCCUGCAGCUGUCCGUGGAGUACAACUCUGGAAGCCAGGAGAUCAAGGUGGGCCUCAAGCAGGCAGCGGACCUGAGGCCCCGGGGCCCAGGCGGCAUGAUGGAUCCCUACUCCCGCGUCAGCCUCUCCCCUGAGGUUGGGUGCAGGCACGAGACGAAGGUGCACCGUAGUGCCCUCUGCCCCAUGUUCGAAGAGACCUGCUCCUUCCACGUCCCCCCUGUGGAGCUGCCCCGGACCGCCCUGCGGGGGCGGGUUCUGGACCACGAGCUCUUCCCCAGCACGAGCCGCUGGCCCGAGCAGUUGGGGGAGGUGUGCUUCUCGCUCCAGUAUGUGCCCGGCUCGGGCCGGCUGACCGUGGACGUGCUGGAGGCCCGAGGCCUGAGCCUGGUUCUGGCAGAGCCCUACGUGAAGGUCCCCCUUGUGCCGAACCAGAGGAAGUGGAAAAAGAGAAAGACAUCUGCCAGGAAGGGCAUGGCCACCCCUUACUUCAGCGAGGCCUUCACCUUCCCUGUGCCUUUCAGCCAGAUCCAGAGCGUGGCUCUGAUGCUGGCCGUCGGGGCCCGGGGCCCUCAGUUCCGGGCCGAGCCUGUGAGCAAGGUUCUGCUGGGCGCCUGGGCCUCUGGUCAACCCCUACAGCACUGGGCAGACAUGCUGGCCCAUGCCUGGCGGCCCAUCGCCCAGGGGCACUGCCUGCAGCCGGCCAGGGAGGUGGACCGGGCCCAGGCCUUGCAGGCCCACCUGCGCCUGCCCUUGCCUGGCUCCUGA